GCAUGAGCGGCGUGGGCUUGGGGGCCUUCUGCUUCAAUACACUUGUUUCUCCCAGCUCACCGAGAGGAUUCCGAACCCGAGCUCCGACAGAGAUUCGAGAGCGAGCUGCUGCCACCAACAGCAGAGAAUCACACCAAGUGGUGGACAGACAACCAAGACCUUGCUCGCCACAAUGCCCGGCCCGCCCGCCGCCUUCCUCGAUUACCACAAGGAGCCGGGCGUCUGGCACGUCUUUGCGGACCGGAAAAUCUACCACCUCGACAAGCUGUUCUUCAAGCGGACCCUCCGGAGGCACGAGUGGACCGACCUCGGCGAUGGCUUCCUGGUGCAGCCCACCGCGACCAUACCCCAGCGGUACCGCACCGACACCGCCGUGCAAAAGUACCUACGCGAGCACACCAACAUGCCGCUACCCACCAUGACGACGUGUUUCGAGGACAACGGUGCCAUGUGUCUGGCCAUGGAAUUCCUCCCCGGCGUGCAGAUGGACGAGCUUCCCGAAGCACACCGGCAGGUUGUCGCGGCGGAGCUCGAGCAGCAUCUCGAGACCCUCAAGGCCCUCCGCUCCGACAUCCCCGGCGUCCCCGGCGAGCCACUCCUCAUCGCGCCGCAGCGCGUCACGACCUCCGACUGGCACUACCACAGCUGCUGGCGGCCGCGGCCCGACCUCGGGGGCGGCGACUUCGUCUUCUGCCACAACGACCUAGGCCAGCACAUCGUGCUGGUCGACCCCGCGACGCUCAAGAUCACGGCCAUCCUCGACUGGGAGUUUGGCGGGUUCUGGCCCGCGUGGUUCGAGCGGCCGUUUUGGACGCGCGCGGGGCCCUGCGGCGCGCUCGAGGGCGAGGAGGAUGAUGUCGAGCGCUGCCGCGCGUGGCUGCUGGCGAACUGUGAGGAGGUGGAGAUGCAGCACAUGCCGACGCUGGGGGAGAAGCUCACGACGCUGCCCAUGCCGGAGUCACCGGGCCCUGAGGGGGUUAGUGAGAAGGUGACUGAGACGGCGAGCUGGCGGAAUGGCCUCGCAGCGCGACCUCCGCCGCCGUCGACAUCGCGAUACCGAUGAAGAGGACUAUUGCCCUGCGGUAGGCAGCGAGGCCGAGCACAGCGACGAGGAUGAUGUCCGGC